UCCGGUUGCCCCCCCCCUUCCGGUGCCCCCCGACCGGAUGCUCCGGGACGCGUUGGAACGGGCGGGGGCGGCCCUGGGGGGGGACGGAGGCGUCCGGGAGCUCCUGAGGCGGCGGAGGGAGAGCCUGAGCCCCCACCUCCAAUGGCUCCUGAUCCACCGGCCUGCACCCCCCCUCAUCCAGGAUGGGCCCCAGUGCGGCCUGGUGGCCCUAUGGAUGGCAGCAGCCCUAUUGACCCCCCCCCACCGCCCGGCGCCCCCCCCCGUGGGGCUGGAGGAGGUUUUGGGGGUGGCCCGAGCCCGAGGCUUCACCAUCCAUGGGGAGAUGUUCUCAGCCACAGACAUGGCCGCUCUGGCCCAGGAGCUCUUCCAUUGCCAGGCUGAGGUCACCGAGGGGGGGCUGGAGGGGCCCAACCGGUCCCGGCUCCUGCAGCACCUCCUGGGGGGGCUCCCCCUCCUCGUGCCCUACGACGAGGACAACAACCACGAGCCCUGCUGCCGUCGUGGGCACCGAGCCCAUUGGGCCGUGAUAACCGGUGUGUUAUUGGGCACCCCAAGCCCUGCCCCCCGCCCAUUGGGACGCCCGGAUCCCGACAUUCCCAACCUUUUCCAUGCUCGGGAUGAGGACCGGGAUCAAGGGGGGGGGUUCCAAUGGGGGGGGGGCCCCCAUUGAGGGGGUGCUGGUGCUGGCCCAGCAGGGCAAGAGCCCCCGGCCCCAGCUAUGGAGCUUGGGGGGGCUCCAUAGCAGCA